AAAGCCUUAUUCAAUGUCUACUACAGUCGCUAUCAGAUAUAUCGGAGCGGCCAAGGCGCUCAAAAGUAUCUGCUCACGCCUCUAUUGUCAAGGCAUUAGUGCUCAGAUAUUUUUCAGCAACUUGGCCUCUCCAAUAUAUCUGCAUGGCAACUGUACAUAGUCCCAUGUUGACUAUGCCUUGUUUGUUCCUGCCGAAGUACUUUGUAGUUCCUUGCAUUCUUACAAUUGAUGCAUUUUGCUCGUUAUCUGUACCUACUUGAAAGUGGAUGAUUUAAUGGACAUACAUAACACAUCGGUCUCCUGUGAUCCACUUGAGAGUACUUGAUUGACCUGAUUCACAUCUUAUUAUGGACAUUUAAUUCAUAUUACUUAUUAUAAAAAGGAUGGUUGUAAAGUUUGGACAUGUAUCUCUCGGAGGGUUUUUAUAAUGGGGUAUAUUACGGGGUAUAAUACGUCUACAAAUUAAUUGGUCACGUUGCGUUUGUUAAUAUGUAAUAUGUAUAAUGAAAAAAAUACAUUUAAGUACAUUUUUGUAAAAAUACAUCGAUAAAACGAAGAAAACAGAUCCGUUAAUAGCUUAGGUGUAGAAUAAAUACAUUAAAAUGGAAAGAGUCACAAUUUGUUAACUAAAUAUUGUAAAUUUAAAUUAAGUAAGUCAGUUAUAUCGCAGUUUUUUAAUGUAGAGCUUAGCUUGUUGGUAUUAAUUAUUACUUUAUCGCCUAUCCCGGAUAUCGACCUUUUGUUUCCCUCAAAAUUGAAUAACCAGAACGCCUUUGCCCCCGCGUUAUUUAAUAAGCCAAUUAAUUAAAAACAAAACUAAUUAAUGUCCUUAUAAUGCCCAGCGUGUCCGUAUCAAAAUGCGUUUACUUGCUAAAACUUUAUUAAUCAUUCUUCCGCGAUACAGCUUAAAAGGUAUUGUUAAAUUCCUGAAAUAAUUCAAUGAAUUAUUACCUAUCAUAUUUUUAAUACUGACGUUUGGUACACUCAUUAAUUACGCACGACUGUUCAUGGCAACGGAAUUAUUGAAUUUAUGUCGCCCUGAAACUUACAAUCGCGACAACGCUCAUUGCGUGAACACACUCGCGUGAAAACUCCGUUCAAAAAUUAAAUACCUACUAGUGUCUGUGGCCAAAACUUUUUAAUUGUUUUUUUUAAACGGCCGAAAAUUGUCACUGGCCAGUAAUUUUUGAACGCAGUUGCAAUGUACACUCCUCUGACACCUGUGCAGGCUGAAGGAAGGGUGAUGGGUCGAAGAUUUGUGCUAACCCUGGUGAUUGGGAUCUCGGCCGGAUUUAGUUUCGCGUACAUACUGUUAACGUCGACCGGAUCCUCCCCGUACAGAGACUUCGUCAAGCACCCAAUCAUGGAGGUCCAAGACCACAGAUUCGACGAGCCAGCCCACAGAGACGAGGACCGGACGGAGGCGGACGAGUUAGCAAAGAAGGUCCGGGUUCUCUGUUGGAUCAUGACGCAGCCCAGCAACCAUGAGAAGAAGGCGCGGCAUGUGAAGGCUACGUGGGGGAAGCGAUGCAAUAAGCUCAUAUUUAUGAGCUCGCAGGAAGAUGCAAAUCUCCCGGCGGUGAAGCUGCCAGUGGAAGAGGGGCGCGACUAUCUCUGGGCCAAGACGAAAGAGGCGUUCCGAUACGUGUACGAACACCACAGGAGAGAUGCCGAUUGGUUCCUUAAGGCCGAUGAUGAUACAUAUGUAGUAGUGGAAAAUUUGCGCUACAUGUUGUCGGAGUACAACAGCAACGACCCGGUGUACUUUGGCUGUCGGUUCAAACCGUUCACUCCACAGGGUUACAUGAGCGGCGGAGCGGGCUACGUGCUGAGUAGAGAGGCGCUGGACCGGUUUGUGAACAAGGGCCUGCCGUCGCCGCACCUGUGCAAGGCCAGCGAGCACGGCGCUGAAGACGCCGAGAUGGGUAUGUGUCUAGAAAGGAUCGGCGUGAAGGCGGGAGACAGCCGGGACAGCCUGGGCCGCGGGCGGUUCUUCCCGUUCGUGCCGCGGGACCAUCUGUUCCCUAACAAGGACAAGGGCUUCUGGUAUUGGAAAUACAUCUACUACCCUACGGAUGAGGGCCUAGACUGCUGUUCAGACCACGCGAUCUCAUUCCACUACGUGAAUCCACAAGAGAUGUACAUAUUAGACUACUUAAUCUACCACCUCCGGCCGUACGGCAUCAAAUAUGGCGUCAGCGACGCCAAAACUAGUGCAAAUAUAGUAGGCAGUAAUGAGACUAAGCAAGGUACUCAGUAGUUUAACCUUUUAACCUAAGUAUAGUACUGAUAUGUAAAAAGUAAGAAGUGUAUAGUUGAUGUGUGCUUGUCUUAUUAUAACGAUAAAAAUCUUAUUUAAUGUCAAGCAAAGAGUCAUUGAUUGUAUUAACCUUUUGAACGCCACAGACGGCAAUUGACGUCAACGCAAAAUCGUGACAACGACCCCAAAGACGGCAUUUGACGUGGAUCGUUUUUUGAUGAAAAUCUACUGAAAAACACCCCCCUUUAAAGUUGAUAUUAUUUAUUCACAAAACUAAAUUUUACCCCCGUGGCGUCAGUGGCACGGAAAAUGGAUGCGCCGUUUGGCGUUCAAAAGGUUAAAUAGAUAUGUAAAUUCUAAGACAAAUUAUCGUCAAGAAUUUGAUAGGUAAUGUAGAUGGCGCUUUGGGGCUCUGCAAAAUUUGACGUCUCGCAAACAUGGGGGCUCGAUUUUUUCAUAGACUACACUUCUUAU